UUGCUCAAAUGGGAGUGGGCGAGCUGGGAUAGGCUGGGAGUUUGGUAGGAGCCAUCAGCCGGGACGGGACUAGGCACAAGAAAAACCGACCGAUUAUUAACUUCUGGCUCCUUCCGCAGCUGAAUGUUGGACAGGAAAUUUGACGUUGACGGAAAAUAGCAUUUGUUGCAUUCAGGGGUUCACGGAUCCGAGCGGCGCGGAUGACAAAGAAGCGUCGCCGUGCAAACUUUUCUCAAACGGGUGUGUGAUCGCUCGUAAAAAAAAAAACCCAACGGGGAAUUCUGUUUUUCUUUCUAACGGAGGCGUAAAAAAAAAAGGACAUCAUGCCACGGCGCACCGUACAAGAAGUAACAGUGCAAGAUGUCCAGAAGCGGAGAAAUCCGAACAAACACUACGUUUACAUCAUCAAAGUGUCCUGGAGCGAUGGCAGUACAGAAAUCAUUUACAGACGCUACAGCAAGUUCUUCGACCUGCAGAUGGAAUUGCUGGAUAAAUUCCCAGUGGAAGGAGGCCAGAAAGACCCUAAGCGCAGGAUCAUUCCAUUCCUACCAGGAAAGAUCCUGUUUAGGAGAAGCCAUAUCAGGGAUGUGGCCAUGAAAAGGCUAAGGCCCAUCAACGAGUACUGCAGGGCCCUCAUUCAGCUGCCAGUCUACAUCUCCCAGUGUGAGGAGGUCAGAGUGUUUUUUGAGACCAGACCUGAAGACCUCAACCCACCCAAGGAAGAACCCAUUGGAAAGAAGAAAUCAGGGAUUGUGGACCGAGCGACUACUUUCCUAAAGCGAGGAGAUUCCACAUCAGCAGACCCUCUCCUCCUCGACCAGUAUGUGGCAGUAACAGACUAUGAGAAGCAGGAGAGCUCUGAGAUCAGCCUGCAUGUGGGUCAGGUGGUGGAGGUCAUUGAGAAAAAUGAGUCUGGGUGGUGGUUUGUGAGUUCAGAAGAUGCCCAGGGCUGGGUCCCUGCCACCUGCCUUGAGGCACAGGAUGACCCUGAUGACUUCACUUUUCCAGGGGAAGAAGUGCCUCGGAGAUUCUGGUCACUGCCAAGGCACAUGGGUCGUCGCAGAACUUUAGGGGAUCUAUUCAGCACAGGCUUUGGGCAAGAAGAGAAGUAUUCUGUGAUUUACCCAUACUCGGCCAGGGACGAAGAUGAGAUUGACCUGGAGAGGGGCAUGAUUGUUGAGGUGAUUCAGAAGAACUUGGAGGGUUGGUGGAAGAUCAGGUAUCAGGGCCGUGAGGGCUGGGCCCCAGCCUCCUACCUGAAGAAGUCUGACAUCCAGAACCAGAAGCAGUCAGCAGGCGGCGCUGCUCAUGCCAGUACCAAUGACCUAGAUGGGGUUUCUAAACAGAACCAGCAAAACAAUGCAACCAGAGACAACCGAGACAACAGCCAUAAAGAAAACAGACUCUCUUUCUUUUCCGAGAACAAAAAAGUGGGAUCAAGACACAGACCUCCCCCACGUAGAGAUCUUACCAUUCCACGUGGUACAAACCUUCCCAAGCCGCCCAUUCCUCCUCAGGUUGAGGAAGAGUUCUACACCAUAGCAGACUUCCAGACCACCAUCCCUGAUGGUAUUAGCUUCCAAGCCGGAGUCAAAGUUGAGGUGAUUGAGAAGAAUGCAAGUGGUUGGUGGUACAUCCAGAUAGAUGAAAAAGAAGGCUGGGCCCCCGCCACCUUUAUUGACAAGUACAAGAAGACCAGUAAUGCCCUGAGACCUAAUUUCCUUGCCCCUCUGCCCAAUGAGAUGGAGAAGCUGAGACUGGAAGAUAGUGGUUCUUCAAAUGUUUCAGGCACAGAUGACAGCUGGUCCAAGCCUUUACCAGAUGAGCCAACCACAGUCCCCGAGUCCUGUGCCCGGCCUAAGCUCAGAGAUUGGAAGUCCGGUGCCAGCAAGGGCGCCCCUGGGCUUUUACCUCCAGCUCCAGCUGCCCCUCCAGUCGAGGAAAAACCAGCUCUGCCGCCUCGAAGGGAGUCCAUUAAUAAGAGCUUUGAAUUAGAGAUAGCAGAGAAACCGAGAUCUGAUCAUUCCAAACCUUUGCCCCCAAAACCCCCAGCUCCUGGGGUCAUCAUGCCGCUGGUUACACCCAAGGCAGCCCCCUUCAAACAAGACAAACCACCAGAGACCAAGAAAGAAGAUAAGAACAAACCUCUUCACCUUCGGAAUGAGAUGGGUCUUGAAUGUGGCCACAAGAUAUCAGCCAAAGAGGUGAAAAAGUUUAAUCUGAAACCCGUACCAAAACAGCCACCAAAACCCAAAUCAGAAGCGCAGGAGGAGAAACCAGAGGCAGCUGGCCCAGCCGUGUUUAUGAAGCCAAAGCCAGUGAUCCGACCUAAACCUCUUCCAGCUGCCAAGCCGGAUCCUCCGGCAGAAAACAAGCUGGACAUCACCAACUUGAGAAGCAAGCUGAGGCCGUCAAAACCUGCAGAUCUCGGCUCUGCGUCUGAAACCUCAGCAGCAGUAAAUAGUUCCCAACCCAGUCCACCCCCUAGCUCUCCCCCCAUCCAUAUCCCUACUCUCAAUAAUGGUAAGCACUGUGAUGAGCCAAAACUCCCCCCAAAACACAUCAAUGGUCAUAGCCAGGAGAGUUCAUCACCCCCUGGAAAACCAGCAGUGCCUCCCCACAAGGAACCUCCCCAGAGACCCCCCGGCAUGGCUCCAAGGAGACCUCCUCCUCCAAAGAAGGAGAAUCCAUCCAGCCCGACUGAGCUCAAACCUCCACCUGCCCAGGACAUGCCCAAGGCGGCACCACCCCAACUCAGCAGACCCCCUCCCCCUAAACCCAAAGGGUUUGUUUUGGCACCUCCAAACAAAGAGAAAGAAGAUCCUAAAGUUAAUAAAGUCCCGAUUCCUCCCAAGCCCCUGGUGAAGAGUGAGAAGCCCGGCCCGCCAAAGGACAAGCUUCCACCUUUACUCAAGGAGCCCAGUAAGGAUGAGCUGUAUCUAGCUGUGGCAGACUUUGAAGGGGAUGAAAACACAUCCGGCUUCAAGGUGGGUACAGUGUUUGAGGUGAUGGAAAAAAACGGCAGCGGCUGGUGGUUCUGUAAAAAUGUAAGAGAAGAAGUCGAGGGCUGGAUCCCCUCGAAUUACCUGAGCAAGAAACCUUAGUGUGAAUGUGCCCUCAAAACCAUUGCCAUAUGAAUAAAUAAACUAAGGAUUUAAAUUAACUAAAUAUCACUACUUUGUAGCUUAUUAGCAUUUGUUUUUAUUUAUAGGUACCUUUUUUUUAUUGAAUUUGUGUUACUUUUCAUUUUGAUAAGAAUAUUCUACCUAAACUGAACCAGCAAUAACACAUGACCUUGUUGGGUCUUGUGAUGUUUACUUUUGUUUUUAUCUAAUAUUACAUGAACUCUUAGGUAAAAAAAAAGUUAGAUGCUAGAACAGCAGUAAAUGUAUCUCCACCCAUGCCUUCUAUGAUAUGGUGCCUCUAUAUUAUAUGCAAAGUGCUUCAGUGCUUAAUAUACUGUAUGCAACUGUAGACAUAGUCCUUCUUGGAAUCGUAAAGAGCCUUCUGACUAAAAAUCAAACAUCUACAUCACAAGAGAAUACACUAAAUGGGCAAGUCCAGCCAUUCUUUCCCCAGCCGUAGACAAAAAAAAAAUCCUACAUCCCUUAGACAAAGACUGCACAUGAACUCACUGGGGGAGUUCUAUGACUAUAUCUAGGCUUUCAAGUGCUAUUAGCAAUUACUAAGAGAUGUCUUUGCCAAGUAGAAGUGCUGUUUGUUAUACUAGAAACAUGCAUAUUUGUUUUUGUGCUAUCGUAAUGCUUUCUUUGUUGACUGCAUAAUUAAUGUUGCAGUGACUUGUAACAGAUGUGCACUUUUUCAGUCAUUUCAGAUGAGGUAGGUUUGAGGUUUGCACACGCUGAAUGAAGGGGAAGAAUGCCACAGAGCAUUUUAUUUCUUAGUUUUAUUAGUCAUUUUUAUUAGCUAUGUUUUUUUUUAUACUCACUGUAACAAAUAUCCAAGAUUGUCAAGAUGAGGCUAACAUCCAAACUGAAACUUAAAAAGAAACUCUCUGUCAAAGUAUUUCAGCGUAAUCAUGUUAUCUCACACCCAAAUAGGAAUGGUGAAAUGUGACUUGCAGAGCAUGUCUGCAUAUCUGUACCAGAUGUCUGACCUAAGAAAUUGGAGCUCUACAGUGAUUUGUGCAAUGAUUUACAGUAUUGUAAGUGUACAGUCUGUUCUUAACCGAAGUUUGGUGCUCAAAUAACAGCAAAGUAUGACCAUUGUAUAAAAAUGUUUUACAUUAAUGCUUGACUGGUCUCAAGCAUGGUCAGUAUAGCAAAUUAUUUUUUAUUGUACAGAAAUGAGAGACAUAUCUUAGCUGUUGUCACUUUUCUUUGAUGGUCCAUCUGUUAGGUCUUUAACUCUGUACUGGUGAAGAGAUUUAAAGAAGAAUGAGACAAGAAGGAACUGGCUUGGUUGAUUUAUGGGAUUUGCCAAUUAGAGGAAAUACAGAGUUGUUUUUUUUGUUUUUCUGUCGAUAGAUGAGUGAAAAAUAAGUCACUUAAUAAAAAUAUGUGAAACAAGUGGCUGCUAAUUUCACAAAAAGCAGUCCAGAAAUGAUUGACAACUAUACAUUGUUUUGAUUAAGUGUUAGGUUUACUAAAUAAAUAAGCCAAGUUGGAAAAUAAAAUUGUAUGUUCAUGGUUCUCGACACAAUCAGACAAGGCUUCAAGCUGCAACAGAUUCUGUUCUGCUUCUAGUCGCUAGAAUGUUAUUCCACCUUCCACCCAUGUUUUAUAAAUAAAGGACAGUACGUUACCAACUACAAAAAAAAAUGCAAAAAAUUGUAUUGUCCAGGUAUGUUAUGUGGACAGAAGGCAGGAAGGUACAGUACAGCGCAAGGCAAGUGGGUUGAUGGUGUCAUCAUUUCAGUAUUGUAAUCGUAUUUACUUUUUUUGACAUGUAUUUUUCAUUACAUUGUGUCUUCUUUUGUGUCUUCUUUUACUUAAGUCAAUAAAAGUUUUUGAUUUUUCA